UGGAAGGACUGCUUGGAACUCGUACUUAUGUGAAGCGAAAUUACAUGAUCAUUGACUAGUACUAAGGUCCAAACCGGACCGUUUGAUCACUUGCUUCAUGUCGUCAGUGCAUGUCAGCUGCGUACGGAAACCUACCUUUUCCGCGUCGUACACCAUGAUGUUGCUGCUACUUGCUACCUCCCUUACGCUCCUGUCUUCCGCCUAUGCGUCCAAGCCUGAGGUUGCUGGUGCCUGGUAUACCGGCUGGCAUGCUACUGAGGGAUACCCGCUGUCUGAUAUUAGUUGGGACAAGUACAACACGAUGUACUAUUCUUUUGCAAUAACCACUUCAAAUGUGAACAGUAUAUCACUUGAAGGGUCAAAUGGCUGGUUGCUUCCUGCCUUUGUGUCAGAAGCACAUGCAAACGGUGUAGAAGCCCACAUUUCCAUCGGAGGUUGGGACGGCGGCAUCUACUUUUCUUCCAACGUCGCAACAGCGGAGAAUCGCACUGCAUUCGUCAACACGGUGAUAGACUUUGUCAAACAGUAUGAUCUAGAUGGUGUCAACCUCGACUGGGAGUAUCCAAAUGAACAAGGCAUUGGCUGUAAUAUUGUCAACUCUAAUGACACCGCGAACUUUCUCUCCUUUCUCCAAGAACUUCGUAAGGAUUGCUCUAAUCUCACCAUCUCGGCAGCAGUGUCUUUGACACCAUUUCGUGAUUCCAAUGGCAAUCCGUCGACUGACGUCUCUGCCUUUGCGAAGGUUCUUGACUACAUUGCUAUCAUGGACUAUGAUGUUUGGGGUUCCGAGACAUGGUCCCCUGCUGUUGGACCUAACGCCCCACUCGAUGAUUCCUGUGCAAGCCCAUCUGAGCAGCAAGGUUCGGCUGUUUCCGCAGUGAAGGCAUGGUCAAAUGCAGGCAUGCCCGUUGAUCAGAUUGUCUUGGGUGUUCCAUCGUAUGGACACUCUUAUAGUGUCAACUCCUCUGAUGCAUUCGUGCCGGGCACGAAAAUGCUAGCCGCUUACCCCACCUUCAAUUCAUCUAAUCAGCCCGUAGGGGAUGCAUGGGAUAAUAGUACCGGGGGCGUGGAUUCCUGUGGUGUCUACCAAGGAUCUGGAGGUACCUUUAAUUUCUGGGGACUGGUCGACGGUGGCUUCCUCAACUCGGAAGGUACGACUGCCCAAGGCAUCUACUAUCGAUUUGACUUGUGCAGCCAAACGCCCUACGUUUACAAUGAAACGUCGGAGGUUAUGAUUUCCUAUGACAACGCAGAGUCGUUCACAGCCAAGGGCACAUUCAUCAAAAACACUGGGCUGCUAGGGUAUGCUAUGUGGGAGGCGGGUGGAGACUACAACAAUAUCCUCGUUGACGCCAUUAAUGGCGCUGUGUAGACUCGUCCGCUCUGUUGCACAAGUAUACCCAUAUACCCACGUCAUGGAUCACCCUCUUGUUGUUGUCUUCUGCCACGUCACAGUUACCCUAUA